AUGAGAAAAAUUGACGUAAUACAUCCUAGUGGAAAUCUGAAGUACAGAGCGAUAGAGCUGGAGAAUGGUUUAUCUGCUCUGCUGAUUCAAGAAAAAUUGGAUGAAGGGGAAUCUAGCUCUUAUGCCGCUGCAUCUAUGACAGUCAGAGUUGGGUCCUUCCACGAUCCUCCAGAUAUUCAGGGACUUUCACAUUUUCUUGAACACAUGCUCUUCAUGGGUUCAGAGAAAUAUAAUGGCCAGAACGAUUUUCAUAAUUUCUUGAGCGAGCAUGGAGGCUCAUCAAAUGCUCACACAUCCAUGGAGCACACUACUUUCUAUUUCAAAGUUCAGGCCGAGUUUCUUGAAGGUGCUCUGGAUAGUUUUUUUGUGAACCUCUCCUUAAAGCAGAUUAAUUUCAAUUACGCAAGAAAGAUGAUUGUCUCCGUCUUGAAGAACUCAGGGCCUAUACAUCCAAGAAAGGACACAUUUUUAACCGAUUCACUUGUGGUAACAAAGAAUCUCAACAAGGAGGAUCUCUGUGAACGUGCUAGAGAAUUAUACAAUGAAUGUUAUACUGGCGGGGCAAUGAAGCUUUGUGUUAUAGGACCAGACAGUCUAGGUGUACUCAAAAAAUGGGUGAAGAGUUUUUUGGGUGGUGUUAAGAAAGGAGAACCAAAAGCUAUACCUUCAUUCAACCCCAAAGACACAAUAUGGGACACUUCUACAUCAUAUGGGAUGAAAGCUGCUGGAGAUGGACAUAUUCUUGAGCUCUCAUGGCUUCUACCUCCUCUAUCCAAAAACAGUUACUUGGAAAGGCCAGAACAAUAUCUAUUCCAACUAUUAGCUCAGCAGGGUAAAGGAAGCUUGUCUAACUUCUUCAAGGACCAAGGGUGGACAAAUUCUUUACAAGUCAAAGAGAGUUUUGAAGGAUGGUAUUGCACAUCAGUAGGCCGUAUGUUCAUCAUCUCUAUGGAUCUCACUCUUUCUGGCUUAGAAAAGAGAUAUCAACUUAUUAGUUAUGUAUAUGAGUAUUUCAAACUGAUACAAGAUAAGCAACCACAAAAAUGGGUCAUGGAAGAGUAUUGGAAGAUUAAGAAAAUGGAUUAUGAUUCUCUUGAGAUGGAUUUAGAUCAACAGGAAUUUGUUACACUUCUCUCAGGUAAUAUGUUGCGUUAUCCAAUGACACAUGUAAUAGUUGCAGACUAUUCUAGCAAUUGGAACUCCAAAGCAAUUCUGGAUCUGUUGAAAUAUUUUACUCCAGAAAGAAUGAGGAUUGAUUUUGCUUCGAAAUCAGUCAAUGGAAAAGAUCUCAAAAUUGAACCGUGGUGUAACUCCUUCUACAUGGAAGAAAAGAUACCGCCUGAGUAUAAAGAAGCAUGGAGUAAUACCUCUCAAGUACAUGCUUCUCUGUUUUUUCCAUGUGAAAACAAGUUCAUUCCAAAUGCCUUCAAUGUAAGAGUGCAUGACGAUGUGGACCUUCAUCCUGUAUUCAUCCUGAGAAUGCCAAAAAUGUGGCUCUGGCACCAAUGUGAGGAAGCGCCAUCAACAUAUGCACACCUCCGCAUCUAUCUCAGGGAUGGAUAUAGCAGUGUCGAGAAUCAUGUGAUGGCAGAUCUAUUUACAGAACUUCUUAAGGAUGAACUAAACGAAAUAUUAGACCAGAGCGAUGAAGCUAAACUUUACUCUUCAAUAUCACUACGUGGUGACCAACUGUUUUUGGAAGUCUCUGGAUAUAGAGAGAAGCUCAAUCUCUUGUUAUUGGAAAUUUGGACGAGUCUCAUGGGUUUCUCACCAACAGCCAAACGCUUUCAGAUUAUAAAAGAGAAAACAACGAAUGAUCUGAGGAACAUGUCACUUCUGGACCGAUCUGACUCUAUGAUGCUCCAAAUACUAUGUAAAAAGUUCUAUGGCAUAUAUAAGAAGUUGCAGGUGCUGAAGGAAAUUUCUUUUCCUGACCUUCUACUAUUCAUUUCUCGUAUGCGUUCUCAGAUAUUCAUCGAAGGUCUAUGCUAUGGUGAUGUGUUAUAUACUGAAGCAUUGGAAAUUUCGGAAAUAUUCCAAAUUCCACAGCAAGUAGAGCCACUCCCAAACAAACUUAGACACAAAAUGCGCAUACUGCCUCUUCCGGCCAAACUUAUAAAAAGAAAUGUCAAGGUGUCUGACAGUAAUAAUUUGCUGAAGAUUUACUUCCAAAUCGGUCCUGAACAAGGUAAAUCAAUGAGGAAGAAAGCAAUGGUAGAUCUCUUUGAUGGUAUCAUAAGUGAGAUGCUAUUCAAUCAACUAAGGCAUGAGGAGCAGCUUGGUUAUAUUGUUGAUUGCUCGCCUCACUUGAUUAGUGGAGUAAACGGUUUCAGUAUAUCUGUUAUUUCUGCAAACCAUGAUCCUAUAUAUCUUUUGAAGCGAGUAUGUUAUUUCGUAAAUACCAUUCAAAAGCGGUUGGAAAAUGUUCCUGACAAAACUUUCGAAGCUUACAAAAGCGGUGUGAUUUUGAAGUUGGAAGAUGGCGUAGAUGCUCAAUGGAAAGAUAUUGUUAGCAAACGCUACACAUUUGAUUCCUACUCGAAAGAAACUGCGGAAAUACAAAACAUCCAGAAGAAAGAUCUUAUCAAGUGGUACAGAAAGUAUUUUAGAGUAUCAUCGCCUCGUUGCCGUAGGCUUGCUCUAUGCCUUUGGGGAUGUAACACGGCCGGAAUGAAGAGGAAUAGUCUAAGGGAUCUGAAAAUCCCGAAGUUGCUAUUGGCGAGUCGCAAGAUUUUUAGACUAAAGAAGUGUGUGACCAGACGUAAACGCACCACUUAA